AUGAUUUUCGGAUUCUUUUACUGGUUUUCGGAUUUAACAGAGAAACAUUUAAAGAUUGUAACAAAUACCGUUAGAGUAUUCAAUAUUUUGAUCACACUAUUAACACUCGUCAACUAUUAUGAGUUUCCAAUUUUCAAUUGCGUUUUACUUACAGUAGGAUCUGGUUUUUUGACAUAUUUAAUUUUUAAUGGCUAUCCAAAGAUCAGAAUUGACAGAAGAGAUUAUAUAUUAGCCCUAGUACUUACACUAGUUAAUCAUUUUAUUUGGAUGAUUUACUAUUUCUCGAAUUCUUACCCAGCAACAAUUGUUUUAACGACAUUCGUUGUUUUUAUUUGGUUCAAUCCUAUUACAAUUGUUUCAUCAAUCGUUAAAUAUGAUGAACAUAAGCGUGGCUCUUUCCUUGGCUUUUGGAAAUCUUUAUUCUUGAAAAUGGAAAAUGAUUUCCAUCAAGAUAUGGCUAGGAUGCAAAGGAAACAAAGAAAGAGUGUUUAA